AUGGACGUUGCUUUGCAGAAGCAGUGCCUCGUGACGUCGGUGUGCCUGCAGUACUUCUUCCUCAGCGUCUUCCUGUUCCUUCUGCUGGAGUCUGCGUACGUGUGCCGGCUGCUUUCGCCCGCUGUGGUUCCUGUGCCCUUCAACGGCAUCUCUGUGGGCCUCGCUGGCUUUGGUUUUCCGGCCAUUGUGACAGGUGCCUCCGCUGGGACGCUUGGAGACAAGUACACCAGACAAGGCCAGAUCUGCUGGCUGGACCUGUCCCAGGGGGCCUCGUACACGACCACCGUGCCAGUGUGCGCAUGCGUGCUGUUGCAGCUGUUCUUCCUGAGCGCCGCCUUUUGCUGCGCAAGACCACGGCGGAACUUGUCCUCUGGGCACUUCCAAAGAGCAAGGACGCAACUGUCAACUCGGUGGGCCUCGCUGCUGGUGCUCGUAAGCACCGUGCUUUCGUGGUCGAGUGGAGUGGCGGCCGAGUACCAGCGCAGCCGGGGCCUCUACGUCUGCUUUUCCGUCUCCACCAUCAUGCUGGGAGUGUUCAUUGUCACCCUCAGAAUCACCACCGAGGAUCAGGUGCGCAGGCGGUUGCUGAUCAAGGUGGGCCUGAGCAACGCGGUGGCCGACGUGUCCUCUCCGGCGUCGCUGCUGAGCUGGUCGCGUGAAAGCCUGAGAAGCAGCAGGAACAGCUUCCCCGACACGAACAGCUCCGUGUCCGCGCUGAGCACACCAGAGGUGCACCGCCUGAAGGUCUUCGACCCAACCUUCAAGUAA